AGCUGGUGCGGUGAGCUCCGAUAGCGAAGGCGGCUGCACUCGGUGUUCGAGUUUCGACCGACUGCGUCGCGACGCUGGUUAAAUUCGGGCCGAUUUCAUGGCGGCUCCCCGUAGAAUUUCGCCCCGUAUUCACCGCCGUCGCCGUUCUUCUUCCUGUCGUUGUCGUUGUCGUCGUCGUUGCCGCUGUUGCUGCUGUUGCUACUGUUGUUGACGUUGUUGGAAAACACCGCCGAUGUUCGUCACCCCCGCGUUUUUCUCCGUCGGGAGAAUUUCGAGCAUCUUCGUCGCGUAGCGCCGAGGUUUCGCGAGGAGUGCACGGUUCUCGCUCUGCUCGCCGUUUCGCGUACCGAGUCGCGAGAUAAUCGCGGGUGUUUUAUCGUUGGUUUUCACGUGCAGUCACACCGAGCGAGGCUUGAGAUUACGCCGGAAAUCCCAUCACCUUCAGAACGGUGGUCAAUUAAUCUGGAGAGUCUAAUUCCUGCGCCAUAUAUUGCGGACGAAAAGAGCGCGAGUCGUCCGCGAAGUUGGAGGAGAGGAGCUCCGAAACGCGGAGAAAUGAGGCGGACGUGACGUCACAAUGACAUGAUGAAGAGCCUGGUGGGGAUCAUGUGGAUAGUCUUGGUGCUCAUAUCAGGAUGCUCAGGAAAUCCAGACGCGAAGCGACUGUACGACGACCUCUUGUCAAACUACAACAAGCUGGUCCGUCCCGUGGUGAACGUGACCGAUGCUCUGACGGUGAAAAUCAAGCUGAAGCUAUCGCAGCUGAUCGAUGUGAACCUGAAGAAUCAAAUCAUGACGACGAACCUCUGGGUCGAACAGUCGUGGUACGAUUACAAGCUCAAAUGGGACCCGAAGGAGUACGGAGGCGUCGAAAUGCUGCACGUGCCAUCGGAUCACAUAUGGCGGCCCGACAUCGUCUUGUACAACAACGCCGACGGGAAUUUCGAGGUUACAUUAGCGACCAAGGCAACGCUGAAUUACACGGGUCGCGUUGAGUGGAAACCACCAGCGAUCUACAAGUCCUCUUGUGAAAUUGACGUUGAGUAUUUCCCAUUCGACGAGCAGACGUGCGUAAUGAAGUUUGGCUCAUGGACCUACGAUGGCUUUCAGGUCGACCUGAGGCACAUAGACGAGGUUCGCGGGAGCAACGUCGUUGAAAUCGGAGUAGACUUGUCCGCCUUCUACACGUCGGUUGAAUGGGAUAUACUGGAAGUACCGGCCGUGAGGAACGAGAAGUUCUACACGUGCUGCGACGAGCCCUACCUCGACAUCACGUUCAACAUAACGAUGAGGCGAAAGACCCUGUUUUAUACGGUCAACCUGAUAAUACCCUGCAUGGGAAUAUCCUUCCUGACAGUUUUAGUCUUCUAUUUACCGAGCGACAGUGGGGAAAAGGUGAGUUUGUCCAUCUCGAUUCUACUGUCACUGACUGUGUUCUUCUUGCUGCUGGCAGAGAUCAUUCCACCGACUUCCCUGGUGGUUCCUCUCCUCGGCAAAUUUGUCCUCUUCACCAUGAUCCUAGACACCUUUAGCAUAUGCGUGACGGUCGUUGUGUUGAACGUACACUUCCGCUCGCCUCAGACCCACACCAUGGCGCCAUGGGUCCGCAGAGUUUUCAUUCACGUUCUUCCCAGGCUGCUCGUAAUGCGCAGGCCGCAGUACCAAAUCGACAAACGGAGUAUAGGCGGUCAUCACAAUCAUCGAGUAAUGGUGCGAACCUGCAACGGGCUGGAGUUGAGGGACCCUUCGCUCUUCGUCGAAGCCACGGCGUCCGCGAUGGUCGAAUCCUCGGUUCUCUUCCCGAGUCUCGAUUCCCGGGACGAGUUGCACCCACGGGAAUUGGAGGCCGUGAAUCUCGGGAGCACGUGUCGGAUCCACGGUUCUCCGGCUUCGGUUCCCGUCGUUCCUCCGCCUCAGCUUCCGACGCAGGAGAGCGUCGACGCCCUCUGCCACUCUCUUCAUCACUGGCACCACUGCCCCGAGCUCUACAAGGCCAUCGAGGGCAUCAGGUUCAUUGCCGAUCACACAAAGAGGGAGGAGGAUUCGACCCGGGUGAAGGAGGACUGGAAGUACGUAGCGAUGGUGCUCGACAGGCUCUUCCUGUGGAUAUUCACGCUGGCCGUCGUCGUCGGGACGGCUGGUAUAAUUCUCCAGGCACCGACGCUCUACGACGACCGCAUGCCCAUCGAUAUUAAACUAUCCGAGAUCGCCUCCACCACUGCCAAACCACACAUCGCCCCCAUUCUUUGAGGGACGAUCACUGCCCCGUUUUCACCCUCGUUUUUGACUACCGUUCAACCAGCAGACGCUUCGCUGUACGCCUAGAAAAACGAAUGGAAAAAUAGACUGAUCAAGAUCAAUCGGAGGAUCAUGGACGAAUUAUACCUAAAUGCAGUGUUUACACAUCGCAAUAUCCACGGGCCUAAACGACGUGCAGUAUAAAUAAUCGGGCCUGUUAUAAUUUUGCGGCAGAGGAGAUCGGAUUUCAAGGGAUUUGCUGAACAACCAUAAGAAGUUACGUACAUCAAUUUUUUGUUGCCGUACCCGAAAUUGCGCAAACAGAGCGUAUCCCGGGAUCAGGGUAAAUUCUACGCUUCUCAUCGUCGACUUGAUCGAGAUAUAAUUGAACGGACGUCGUCAACGCUGCGUCGACUUUGCGUACACGUACCUAUACUUCGGUUUUACGCUAUCACGUUUUUCGACAAAAGAGCUCGCUGUUCUGUUCGUAUAAAGACAAAUUUCAGACGUUCGAUCGAGCGAGGACCAGGGAUCGCUUUGUUUUACGCAAAUUCUAUUUGGUACACGGGAUGAUCGAUGCUGGUUGCAGACUCGCGGGAAACGAUCUGGUAAAUGAUUUUCUCCGGGAUUUCACUGCGUUGAGCCUGCGACAGAGGGGGCCACAUUUUCAAUUGAAAAAUAAUAAACCUACACUGCGUUUCUCAUUGUCAAAUUCUAAAUAUCUGCGGCACGGGAAAUUGGCGCCGAACGGGAUUCGGCAUCGAUUAAACUUAAACGGCCAGUCCGCAUUUUAUUGCUCAUAAGUGUUUGUAACAGUAUAUAAACAAUUAUCGUAAUCAUAUUGAUUGUUCCGUUAUUUAUACGUAUAUCAAUUACAUGUGGGCAUAAUUAUUUUAUAUGUUUUCAAACGAACCUUGAAUAUAGUGAUAUAAUAAUUGAAUGAAAAGAGAGAAUUGUCCGUUAUCCUUGUUUACGUCUUUAUUUAUUUAUUUAUUUUUCUUUCGUCUAAUCUAAAUUUCUGUUCGAUAUCGAAUGAAUAUAUUAAAUAUUUGUAUCGUAGUAGCUAUUACACAUAACGAAAUGAAAUAUAAUAGCGUGAUACACGGUAGUAGAUUAUUUGAAUACCGAUACAAAUUCGAUUCAUAAUUUAGCUUCUCAUCACCUCGACAUGUUAAAAAAUGGGUCCCAUACCCGAUAAUUAUUUCACUCGUUGAUUGGUUGAGACUUUUAUAGUACGAUAAAUGAAAACGUAAGAGAUAAGAAAAAUAAGAUAAAAUAAAAUAAGAAUAGUUAUUUAUCAUAGGUAUAAAGGAGUGAAUUCGAAGUAUGCAGAGAAUAACUUUGACAAAAAAAAAACAAAAAAAAAAAAAGAUGAAAAAACUAAUAAUUAAAUGUUGUUGUGGAAGUAAGCACAGUGA